UUUAUUUGGUACGUGCGGACCGCAAAGUGAACCGCAACAUCACAUAUAUUCGGAAUAUUCACGACAAUGUUGAUCAUUAUUUUGUAGAAUUUGGACCUGUAAAGUUCGUUUGCUUCGCUUACAGAAGCAGUGUUCUAAUUUUAACAUUUAUUUUUUAUGUUAGAAAGUUUUACAAGAAAGAGCAAAACUGACAAGAUGAGUUUGUUGGAAGCUGUAAAUUUGGACGAUAGCAAUGCAUUUUGCGAAAAGAUCAUCAAUGAAAUUCAUUCGGUGUUUCUCAAUGAUACCGAACUGUCAGGUUUCGAAAUCAUACCGAUGCCUUCCAAUACGAACAAGUCGCCCGUUAUUCACGUAGAGCACAAUUUAGGGUUGCAAUCUUGGUGCGUAAAAUACAUUUACGAAUACUCUCAUCGAACAAUUCUUCGGCAUAAAUCUGAUUAUCAAAAAAUCUCAGGCGGGUCUGUCCCUGCGAGUGGUGCCGCGAACAGCAGCGGACACUGCUCACUGUUGAUGACCGGAAACGGCAGCAAUUCGAUCGUUAAGUACCUGAAUUGCGCUAUUCUGAUUAACCCAGAUGUGGCGACAUUUUGGAAUUUGAGGAGACAACUUUUCGCCAAGAACAGACUCGACAUAACGAAGGAAUUUCAAUUCUCGACGGUGGUGUUGAGCAAAAAACCGAAGUCAAACGAAGCGUUCGCCUACAGGCGAUGGUUAUAUCUUUUCCAGAGUUACGACGCCAUCGAUUGGUCAUUCGAGAUAGCCCUGUGCGAAAAGUGUGCGGAUAAAAGCACCACAAACUAUCACGCCUGGUGCCACCGGCAGUGGGUUGUCAUGAAGGCUCCUUAUCUGUUGAAAUUCGAAAUUCACAAAACGGAGAAAUUCAUACGUAAACACGUUCAUGACUAUAGCUGCUACAAUUACCGCCAGUUUGUGCUUGCGAAGAUGCAGGAGAGAUUACAUUUUGACGAUGACGAGGGAAGUCAUUUUAACGAACUCUUGCGGUAUGUAAAUGCCUUGGUCGAUACACCAAUGGAAACAGUGGAAGAACUACUCAGGUGGUUGGCUCCAGGUGUAUGUAAAGACAAAACUGUAGAUAUCAAAUUGCGUUCAUUUCUGUUUUGUCUGAAUGUUGCUGCCAAUGAUUUGAUGAUGUGCGAAGAGUUGAAAUCGUUACACGGUGAAUCACAAGCAUUCGAAAAUCAUCGUCGCUACAUGACAAGGUUCAUAGUUGAUCGUUGUCGUAGCGCCUCUUGCACACUGACGCGUGAAAUGGGAGGCCAAAUGUCUUCGUGUACUCAACCGAUGAAUAAAAUCACCAAAUUGGAUGAACAGGAUAGUUUGUUUGUACAAACAAUGAUACAGAACGAGAAAAAUCGAGAGCAUCCUCAGCAUCAGAAAUGGUGCGAAUUGUUUUUAGAGGGCUAGAUAUCGAUUGAGUGUUUGAAUCUUUGCGACUAUCAAUACUGCUAAAACAUGCUAAUCACUUUAGACAGGUUAUUUUUUCAAGUUCCUAGUCUAGUUUACGUUCUCACUGGCCCGUAUAUAUUUUCAUUUGUAUUGAAUAUUUUAAUUUUAAUUUCCGUUGGGUAGUUAAUAUUGUUUUGCGUUAAUCCUGAAAAGAAAAAAAAUGAGUACGGUUAUCUUACUUGUCUUAUCUUGUUUGUCUUAUUUUUAUUGUUCAUUCUCUAUUAUGCAGUUUGUACAGAAAAAUGUUAAGUAUAUAUGUACAUCUAAAAUUGAUAUGAAGUAGUCAUAGAGUCAUUACAUUAAUGAUGGUUAUAUCACAACGAACUUCAUUGUGUCUUUUGUUAAAUCUCAAUCUAAAUGUUUUAUAAAGCCUUUUUACA